AUGCCUACGUUAUCCUGCAGUAGUGAUUCAAACAAAUCCCCCAUCACAUUAGCUGAAUUGAACACACGUGGCUUGAGAAUUGAUGACGAACACAUCAUUUAUACUUUCCCAGACACGCGCAAUUGUGCUUCAGAAAAAGCCACUUUCAGGGUACCAAACCUUCUGGUAAAGUCCCAACGUCGCAUAGCUCAAGCGAAGCGUUUCGUCAUCGGAAGUGAAGAAAAACGUCACCCGCAGUUCAUUACUAUGAACUCAAUACCAACAGUGACGUUUGCGUUCUUCAACAAAGCCCCAAAAAUGUCGUUCUCAUAA